AGUUGGAUCAAUUAAUUUACACUACACCCCUUAAAAUAUGAGUAAAUUAUUUUCAAACCCUCUUUCGAAGUCCGAAAUUGCGCUUUUUCACCCUCUCCCGGGUAAAAGUUAAGCAAAUUAUUCUUGUCACAUCUUAAAUGAAAAAAUAAUUAUAAGAGUACAGCUCAUCUUCACACGCUAUAUAUAAACAGGUAUGUUCUGACUUUUUACAACUCAAUUUACGUGUUAAGUCAACGCAAUUUUCAUGACUCAGAAAUCGAAUCACUGAUAAACAUAAAUAAAAGAUAAAGAGAACAAAAAAUCCCAUCUCCAGAUUCCGGCGACCAUGGCUAUCGCCGAUAACCACCACCGCAACCAUCACAAGUGGCGCCUCUGUCCGUUGUGGCAGUCUGCAACGCCGUCUUCAUCUGCUUCUUCCACUCAAAAUCUCAACAAUCAGCCGCAGAACCACAGCCAGCAAAACGGCGUCGCUGCUUCAGGCACGCGCUCCUCCACCGUCUCCUCCGUGGCCAGAUCGCUUCUCCCCGCGCGGCGGAGGCUCCGCCUCGAUCCUUCCAACAACCUCUACUUCCCCUAUGAACCAGGAAAGCAGGGGAGGAGUGCUGUUAGGAUUAGGAAUUCCAGCAAGUCUCAUGUUGCAUUCAAGUUUCAAACAACUGCACCGAAGAGUUGUUAUAUGCGACCCCCUGGAGGUAUCCUUGCUCCUGGAGAAGGCCUCGUAGCAACUGUAUUCAAGUUCAUGGAGCAACCAGAGAACAACGAAAAACAUAUAAAUCAAAAGAGCAAGGUUAAGUUCAAAAUUGUGAGUCUUAAGGUGAAGGAGGGAACCGAUUAUGUGCCUGAAUUGUUUGACGAGCAAAGGGAUCAAGUAGUUGUUGAACGUAUAUUGCGGGUUGUUUUCUUGGAUCCCGAGCGUUCUACUCCCGCACUCGAAAAACUGAAGCGUCAAUUGGCUGAAGCCGAUGCUGCAAUAGAAACCCGCAAGAAGCCACCAGCAGACACAGGCCCUCCUGUCGUUGGGGAAGGUCUUGUUAUAGACGAAUGGAAAGAAAGAAGGGAGAAAUAUCUUGCUCGGCAACAGGUUGAGGCAGUAGAUUCUGUGUGAAAUUGUAGGUCUUUUUUGCCCUUUUGAUAUUUGCUGAGAGGGUUUGAUUAUUUUUUUUUUGCCUCCAAAGGAAAGUUUCAAACCAAUAUGUAGAAAUGAAUAAUGUGAGUGGAGUUUAUUUGUUUGUGAGGUCGGUCGACUUACCUUUCCUGUAAAUAUUUUUAUGAUGUUGCAGUUAUUUUUAUAUUAUUUAAUUAUUCCUUUUUUGGAGGUUAAUU